CGACAACAAAGCACCGAGAAAAUGCGAAAUACGAACCGAGUACUACAACGACUUCGACGUCUGUCUGAAGGAAUAUUACAGUCGAUCACAUUCCAAUUUGACAAGCACUGACGCAGAUGCCGACGACGAAUUGAGACGAACACCGAAAAAGAGUGACAAGAAACAACGUAAAUUACUGGGAAAACAAGAUUACAAAAGACGGUCGAGUUGGAAUGAGAUCUCGAAACGAGAAAAGGACAAACCGGAGUAUUACAAAGUUUACACCAUCUCCUCGGAUGAACACGAAGUGGCGUAUAGCAAAGCCAAGGAAGAUGAGGAUGCACGAACACCCACAAACGAAUUCACCGCUUUUAAUGACGACAGUCUCGGGAUCGACACAACUAUCGUUAACUUCGAUAGAAUUGUUGAAAUUUUUCCGAGAUUCGAGAUGACCGUCACUUGUCCAGGAGUGGAUAGCAAUAAUUUAUCCAAUUUCGAAGAUUCAGAUUCUGCAUGGGGUAACGAGCGGGAAGUUACGCUAGUACGUCAAGGAAAAACCUCAUUCGGGAUCAGUAUUGUCGGAGGCAAGGUCAACGUUGGCGACUCUGUUGUCUCUGGUAUUUUCAUAAAGAAUGUCAUCGACAACAGUCCUGCCGAUGCAUGUGGACAGUUGAAAAUUGGCGAUCGUAUCUUGGUGGUGGAUGGAACAGACAUUCGUGACUCGACGCAUGAAGCGGCCGUAGAGACAAUCAAGAAGGCAGGUGAUUGCCUCAAGUUAAUUGUGCAAAGUUUGAACAAGGGCGGCAGUAGUAAUGAAAAUGGCGGAUUUGAUUUCAUCAAGAAGGGUCCGCCGCCCGUGACGCCAAGCAAGACACCAGAUUCAGAGUUGAUUCAGCCGGGAUUGAGUGGCAGCAAUAGUCGCGGGAAUUUGUUGACUGUCAAUGGUGGCGAUGGAGAUGAUAUUAGCAUACGGUCCAAGACACCAAAUGUUCAAACAGAGUCCGAAGGCUCGGAUUCAGAUGACGACGAAGAUACGCGAGACUUGGAAGGUCGCACGCACUCCAAAGGUGGCAUGGAAAUUGACAGAGCGUCAGCAGCAUUCAUUAAACGUAGUAAAGAUGAAAUUGACGCUGACCCGGAAGAGGAAGAUGUCUUCGGUUACACAAUGAUUGAGAAUAUGACUAGAAUGGAGGCCGUAACGGAGGAGGAGGAAAUUGAAGAUAAAAUUAAAAAACGUUAUGGUACCUUGGGACAAGUACUCUGUUACUCAAUUAACCGUGGAACUAAUAGUAGUAUAGGAAUUUCGUUAGCCGGUCAUCGGGACCGCAAUAAAAUGGCAUGUUUCGUAGCUGGUAUUAAUCCUAAGGGAGUUGCAAAGCAAUGUGAUCUAGAAGUGGGCGAUGAAAUUUUAGAGGUUAAUGGAAUAGUAUUACAUGGAAGAUGUCACUUGAAUGCAUCAGCAAUUAUCAAAGGUCUGCCGGGGCCAGUGCUGAAAAUGAUUGUUUUAAGACGGAAAGCUGCUGUCGAUGAUUUAGCUGUUAAACCUGUUACACAAUUUCCAGUGGAAAUUGAUAAUGAGGAUAUUUUUGCGUCAUUUAAAAACGUGCAUACCGUAACAGUGAAAAAGGGUAACCAAAGUCUGGGGAUUAUGAUUAUUGAGGGAAAACAUGCAGAAGUGGGCCAAGGAAUAUUUAUAUCAGACAUUCAAGAAGGAUCGAAUGCUGAAAAGGCCGGCUUAAAUAUUGGUGACAUGAUUUUGGCAGUUAACAAAGAUUCGUUGCUUGGAUGCAAUUACGAAACGGCUGCUUCAAUGCUGAAGAAAACCGAAGGUCUCGUGACACUCACCGUCUGCAAUCCAAACAAGAAGGGUGAGGGUGAAAAACCGUCUGCCGACGGCGCCGAAUCUAAAAGCAAUAGUAUUAUCUCAACAAAGUCCGAGGCGAAAGGACCAAGUAGACCGAUAACGCCAAAACCGCAACCAUCGCCAGCCAAAGAGCACCAUGCCGAUCCAUCAACUGCCGAGAUUCACGCAAACGAAAAUGCAACAAUUGAAAUAGUGACUGAGAAAAAACCUUUAGGUGUUGUUGUAGUUGGUGGUAAUGAUACUUUAGUUACGACUGGCGCCGUUAUAGUUGACAUUUUGCCCGAUAGUGUGGCUGCCAAAGAUAAUAGACUGAAACCAUUUGAUCAAAUACUAGAAAUUAAUGGACAAAAAAUAACACCAGAUCUGAAUGGGGAACAAGUUCAAAGAGCUGUGAAACAAUUACAACAAAAAUUCCGACUAAUUAUUCACCGUUCUGAGCCAAUAGAGACCGAAACUCUCGAAAUUGAGUUGUUCAAGAAGCCGGGAAAGAACCUUGGCGUUGGAUUUACUGUUGGCAACCCACUCGGAAUCGUACUCUCGUCUAUCAUAAAAGAUGGUAUUGUUGAAGCAGAUGGUCGUUUACAAAAAGGUGAUAUUGUAACGCAUGUCAAUUCAGAGAGUAUAAGCAAUAAGCCAUUUGAUGAAUGCAGUACAAUACUAAAGACCGUGCAAGGUCGAGUGGUUCUUAAAAUAUUACGUGCGAGACCAAAUAAGCGAAUGUUGAAUUAAUUUUCUCUGCCUUUCGCAAAUCAUUUAACGGCAACAUUGUUUGAAAUAUUUCUCGGAAGGAGUACCGAAAUGAGAACAAUUUUUGUCAUCAUUUUUGUACGCCUCACACAAAGUGUUAACGCAUGGUACAUUAUAUUUUCAAACAAACAUUAGAAGUAAAUCGUUAAACCCGAAUACGGCUGAUGUACGGUAGAUACUUUACAUCAGUCUGGAUUGUAAACAAAAAUAUUAUUAUAAAAAUUCUAAAAAUAUAAAAUUUCGACUACUAAAAGAAUAUGUUUUUACAACAAAAAAAAAUAUAUAUAUAUAUGAUAAAAUUACAUAAAAGCAGUUACCUUCUAAAAUGAAAAAAAAAAUUAUGAACGAAUCUUUUGUAGAGGAAUAGAGAACGAAAACCCAAAUUCCUAUAUUUUUAAAUUUAAGUUAAUAUUUUCGUGUACUUAAAAACAAUAUUUUCUCAUAAAAAUUUUAUAUAAAUAACAAAAUAAAAACUAACUUGCACUCAGUACCUUUUAUGAAUUAUUGUUAAUGUGAAUGUAUAGGAAAAACAAAAAAACAUUUUAUCGAUACAAGUUUUCUUAAAUGUGUAUAUCGACCAAUAAAAAUAGACUUUUUCCGUGAAAAUUUGUUAAUUUUUUAAAAAAAUACUUAAAUUAAAUUAAUUAUCUAUAUCCCUGAUCAAUGUUUGACGUCCGCUACGUGUCUUCAUAAAUAAAAAAAAUGGAAAUAGAAAAGCGUUAAAUUAGUAGUUAAAAAUGUAUAAAAAAAAGAAUCUAAAAUGGCAUAGAAAAUAUAUAACUUGAGUAAUUAAACGUUAUAAAAAUUUGAUCACAAACAAACAACAAAAUCGGGUUUUUAUCCGACUUUUAAAUAUAAAUACAAACUUAAAGAUAUAUACAUUUGUAGGAACAAAAAGAGAUUGAUUGUAUUGACAUUAAGAAUGAAAAUAUUAAUUGAUCUUGGUUGUAUGUGGAAACUGUUUUUAUUUCUUCCCUUUUUCUAUAAUAUUUAAUAGUAGAUAAAUUAAAUUAUAUAAAAUAUAAUAAUGCCAUUAAUUAAUACAAAGUAUAUAGAAAUGGUGUGUAACACACAAAACAAAAAAGAUCCUAUAUAAAAAAAACUAAAUGUAUUUAUGAAACAAAAAUAAUAAUAAUAAUAUAAUAAAUAUAGAUCGGUAUUUUAAUGAACAAUUACAUAUUUUAUAUACGUGUGACUGUGAAUAGACCACUUUCUAUUAUAAAAUAAAAGAAAAAAAUGGAAAAAGCCAGACACACAUCGGUACACACUUUUAAAUUAUUAUUAAAAAAAAUUAUAAAUAAUAAAAUAGGAAAACCAUCUCUUAUAAAUACAAAAAUUACUUAAUAUGUACCGAAAAAUAUAUUCUUCAUGCUAUUUUUUGUUUUACAUAAUAUAUAUAUAAAAAAAAGUAGAACAAUUAAAUAAUUAAAAUCCAAAAAUAAAUGUGAUUAUAAAUAUAUAUUAAAAACUAAAUAUUAUAUACGAGAUUAUUAUGAAAGGUAAAAAAAUCUUAAUCAUAGAGAAAUUAUAUAAUAAACUAUACUAAAAUGAAACCAAAAAUCAUAUGAAUCCCUCUUUGAGAUUUGAA